GAGGAGGCGGGAUAAAAAGCGAGGCCGAAGGUAGGCUGGCAGAUACGUUCGUUACAUUACUCCUUUCUGCCGGUGGACGCCGCUGAGUAAGCAUCGUUGAAGUUCUCUCUGCUGCAGUCGUCAUGUCUAAGUCAGAGUCUCCCAAAGAGCCGGAACAGCUACGGAAGCUCUUUAUCGGAGGUUUGAGCUUUGAAACAACAGAUGAGAGUCUGAGGAGCCAUUUUGAGCAAUGGGGAACGCUCACAGACUGUGUGGUGAUGAGAGAUCCAAACACCAAGCGCUCCAGAGGCUUUGGGUUUGUCACAUAUGCCACUGUGGAGGAGGUGGAUGCAGCCAUGAAUGCAAGGCCACACAAGGUGGAUGGAAGAGUUGUGGAACCAAAGAGGGCUGUCUCAAGAGAAGAUUCUCAAAGACCGGGUGCCCACUUAACUGUGAAAAAGAUUUUCGUUGGUGGUAUUAAAGAAGACACUGAAGAACAUCACCUAAGAGAUUAUUUUGAACAGUAUGGAAAAAUUGAAGUGAUUGAAAUCAUGACUGACCGAGGCAGUGGCAAAAAGAGAGGCUUCGCUUUUGUAACCUUUGAUGACCAUGACUCUGUCGACAAAAUUGUCAUUCAGAAAUACCAUACUGUAAAUGGCCACAACUGUGAAGUAAGGAAAGCUCUAUCUAAGCAAGAGAUGGCGAGUGCGUCAUCCAGCCAAAGAGGUCGAAGUGGUUCUGGAAACUUUGGAGGUGGUCGUGGAGGUGGAUUUGGUGGGAAUGACAACUUUGGUCGUGGAGGAAACUUCAGUGGUCGAGGUGGCUUUGGUGGUAGCCGUGGUGGUGGUGGAUAUGGUGGCAGUGGGGAUGGCUAUAAUGGAUUUGGUAAUGAUGGUGGUUAUGGAGGAGGCGGCCCUGGUUACUCUGGAGGAAGCAGAGGCUAUGGAAGUGGUGGACAGGGUUAUGGAAACCAGGGCAGUGGCUAUGGCGGGAGUGGCAGCUAUGACAGCUAUAACAACGGAGGAGGCGGAGGCGGCUUUGGCGGUGGUAGUGGAAGCAACUUUGGAGGUGGUGGAAGCUACAAUGAUUUUGGCAAUUACAACAAUCAAUCUUCAAAUUUUGGGCCCAUGAAAGGAGGAAACUUUGGAGGCAGAAGCUCUGGCCCCUAUGGUGGUGGAGGCCAAUACUUUGCCAAACCACGAAACCAAGGUGGCUAUGGUGGUUCCAGCAGCAGCAGUAGCUAUGGCAGUGGCAGAAGGUUUUAAUUAUGCCAGGAAACAAAGCUUAGCAGGAGAGGAGAGCCAGAGAAGUGACAGGGAAGCUACAGGUUACAACAGAUUUGUGAACUCAGCCAAGCACAGUGGUGGCAGGGCCUAGCUGCUACAAAGAAGACAUGUUUUAGACAAUACUCAUGUGAAUGGGCAAAAAAACUCGAGGACUGUAUUUGUGACUAAUUGUAUAACAGGUUAUUUUAGUUUCUGUUCUGUGGAAAGUGUAAAGCAUUCCAACAAAGGGUUUUUAAUGUAGUUUUUUUUUUUCCUUUUUGCACCCAUGCUGUUGAUUGCUAAAUGUAAUAGUCUGAUCAUGACGCUGAAUAAAUGUGUCUUUUUUUUUAAAUGUGCUGUGUAAAGUUAGUCUACUCUGAAGCCAUCUUGGUAAAUUACCCCAACAGUGUGAAGUUAGAAUUCCUUCAGGGUGAUGCCAGAUUCCAUUUGAAAUUUAUUUACAACCUGCUUGGGCACACAUGCCAUUGUCUUCAGAAACCUUGGUGUAGUUGAAUUGAUAAGUUACUGUGUUGUGACCUGGAGUUCACCAUUAAAAGGGUCACCCAAGCAGAGUCACGGAGUUUAUUUGGUUACUAAUGGUUGUUGGCACAUCCUAUGCAAUAUACUAAAUUGAAUUAUGGUACCAGAUAAAAUUAUAGAUGGGAAUGAAGUUUGUGUAUCAUCCAUUAUCAUGUGUAAUCAAUAAACGAUUUAAUAUCCUCUUGAA